AUGAUCUCUCUGUCGACUAUCUCUACUGUGCUCUGCUUUAUCGGCCUCAUUUUCGCUGCUCCGUAUGAGCUGCAAAAGCGACUUGAUACCUCGAUACAUUGUGGCCAAUACGACAGUGUUAAUGCCGGCAUGUACACUCUAUACCUCAACCAGUGGGGCGAGAAUGCCGCUACGUCCGGCCAGUCAUGCGCUGCAGUUACCUCCACGAGCGGUGACAACGUUUCAUGGACUACGAGCUGGACUUGGAGCGGUAGUGGUGGCGAUGGCGUGAAGAGUUACACGAACAUUGAUGCUAAUAACGGUCUCAACAGUUCGUGGAUCUGGAGUCAAACUAUUAGUGGAACCAUCAUAGCCAACGUUGCUUACGAUCUAUUCACUUCCUCCUCGGCUGGCGGCUCAAAUGAAUACGAGAUCAUGAUUUGGCUUGACAAUAUUAACGCCAAACCUAUCUCAUACAAUUAUGAUGUCAGCGGUGCCGCUAUAGCCAUCGUCAAAGAUUUGUUUAUUGCUGGGUAUAAAUGGGAUUUGUAUUAUGGCAGCAACGGUUCUAACUUUGUCUACUCCUUCUUGACUUCGGACCAGAGUGCCGUUAAGGGCUUCAAUGGCGACCUGAUGGACUUCUUUAAUUACCUUACUUCCAAGCAGGGACUGAGCGCUUCUCAAUACCUCAUCACGGCUCAGGGUGGCACCGAGGCGACGCAAGGGUCCGCUACCCUCAAAUCGUGA